AUGUUCCCCAGCCCCAGCACGUCCACUCCCUUCUCUGUAAAGGAUAUAUUAAACUUGGAGCAGAGUCAUGACGUUAUGGUGUCUUCUCUGGAUGUUUCUUCUCGCAUGGACUGCUGCUCGACGUCCUCCUCCUCCUGCAUGCUGGCCCGCCUCAAGCAGGAGCCUCUCCGGGACAUGUCGUCCACCGCCGCCUCGCUGUUUGGAGAGGACAUCCACAGCCCCAGAGCCAGCAGAAGCAAUGCACUCAGCUUUGCUUCGACCUUUUACGGCAAAUCCCUCAUUGAAAUGGAUAUAAACAAGGAUGGGAAAACGGACGCGUUUGAGGGGAAACGAAGGAAAGAGGACUUCAGUGUUCCCGACGAGGCUGUGGAGGACUUAAAACCCGACGAUCCCGACCGACCCAAGCCCCGGAGACGCAGGAAGCCGCGCGUCCUCUUCUCCCAGGCGCAGGUGUACGAGCUGGAGCGCCGCUUCAAGCAGCAGAGGUACCUGUCCGCCCCGGAGAGAGACCACCUGGCCGGGGUGCUCAAACUGACCCCGACCCAGGUGAAGAUCUGGUUCCAGAACAGGAGGUACAAGUGCAAGCGGCAGAGGCAGGACCAGAGCCUGGAGAUGGUGUCUCUGCCGCCGCCCAGGAGGGUGUCGGUGCCGGUGCUGGUGCGGGAUGGGAAGCCCUGUCUCACUGCGGACACGGCGGCAUACAACCCGUCCUACAGCAUGGGCCACAUCAACCACUUCACCUACAACAACUACCCGGCCUUCAGCAACUACACCAGCCCCGGAUGCAACACGAACUAUGCAUGCAAUUACCCCGCAGCCACAAUGCAGACUAUGCAGGGAUCCUCCAGCAGCGGGAAUUACAUGAACUUUGGGGUUGGAGACUUGAAUAAUGUCCAGAACACUUUCUCCACCAGUAACGGGGUGUCUUCGUUACACGGCAUUAGGACAUGGUAA